CACUUCCAAGGCGCUCACCGUCUCUGCCAUGGACAUUUGCUGCGACCCAAACGAAGUUGAAACCAAAUCAGCCGAGCGACAAGCCAACAAAAACGAAAAGGAAAUUAUCGAUCGAAGAGUGAAAAAGUCAUUCGACGCCUGAUUUGCUUUGGCAAAGAGGGCACACAAAUCAGUUUUUCGCAAAAAUUUAUUUAAAUACUUCAAUUAUUCCACAAAAUCGCUGCGCAAAAUUUGAAUUAUCGAAAAUACGACAAUACAAGUGUGUACUAACAUAGCUGUUGUGCUGUAUUCGGGAGUGUUGAAAGUGUAAAAAAAUUUAUUGAAUUACGGCAUCUGGUAUCCAGCAAAAAAAUCUACCCGCACACACACACACCAGCAAGGGGAAGCCCAUAAUAGUAAUAGACACAUACAGCGUAGAGAAGCAGAGGAACAAGUUUAUAGCAUCAUGGCAGAUAGCGAAUUCGAGGAGUUCCACAGGCCCAUCUUUGAGCCACAUCAGAUACAAACAUAUAUCAGCCCUGGCCAAAAGAAAAAUAACGCCCAUACAUUCUAUUCCUUAAUACCGAAUGACGACCUCGAGGAUUCUCCAUCUUCGAAGAGUGAUACCUCUGAUCAGGAAGAUGCCGGCGGUGGAGAUUUUUGCUGUGAAACAACAAAACUGCAGCGUCAAGUAGAGGAUGAUGAAAUCGGUGACGGUCUUAAGGUGGUAUCGCUCUCUUCGGAUGGCUCGUUGGACACAAAUGACUCCUUCAAUUCACAUCGUCAUCAUCCGUUGAAUCAUCAGGAUGCAAUUGGUGGUCUGGUUGGCAUUGGUACAGGUGCUGGCACGGGCAGUACAACCGGCACUGAUUGCGUAGUCGGUUCGCAAUUAUUACUUUCUCCCAAUACAGCUGCAACAAUUGGUGCAACCCAGCAGCAACAACGACGUCGACGAAAAUUACCAGAAAUACCAAAAAAUAAGAAAUCUUCCAUUCUACAUCUUUUAGGUGGUGGAUAUGGGCAGACUACAUUGGCUGACGAAAUGAACAAUGGGCGCAAUCAAUUGAACGACAACAAUAACGCCAUCACAGGAAAUACAAUUAACGGCAAUUUGAAUGGUUUAAAUAGUAGCACCGCAGUACGAAGUAAUCAACGCUCAUUUUUGACACUGAAAUGUGGCUAUCUACUAGAUGAGGACUCCAGUCCAGAUUCUGAACGUUUACAGAGUUUGGGCGAUGUGGAUAGUGGCCACAGUACAGCACAUUCCCCAAAUGAUUUCAAAAGUAUGUCACCACAAAUCACUUCCCCCGUUUCACAAUCACCAUUUCCUCAGCCAUUCGGUGGUGUGCCCUUCUCCCAACUCGAAAUGCUUGAAGCUACACAUCGUGGCUUACACAAGUUUAUACCUCGUCAUCAUGAUGAAAUCGAAAUUGAAAUUGGCGAUGCUAUUUACGUACAAAAAGAGGCUGACGAUCUCUGGUGUGAGGGUGUAAAUCUGCGCACUGGGCGACAGGGUAUUUUCCCUUCAGCCUAUGCGGUUGAUUUGGAUUACAAUGAGUUCGAUCCGACGGUGCAACAGGUGAAGAAGGAGCGUUAUUUACUCGGUUAUUUGGGUUCGGUAGAGACAUUAGCUCACAAGGGAACCGGAGUUGUGUGCCAAGCAGUGCGUAAGAUUGUUGGUGAAUAUGGCAAUUCACCAGCCGGUCAAGUGUGCAUACUGGAGGUGUCGGAUCAGGGUUUGCGCAUGGUAGACCGUUCGGGACCAAAUAAAAAGGACAAGAAACCCUGCAUCGAUUACUUCUACUCACUAAAGAAUGUCUCAUUCUGUGCAUUUCAUCCACGUGAUCACCGCUUUAUUGGCUUCAUAACGAAGCAUCCAACGGUGCAACGUUUCGCAUGUCAUGUCUUCAAGGGCUCAGAAUCGACACGACCCGUAGCCGAAGCCGUGGGUCGAGCAUUUCAACGUUUCUAUCAGAAAUUCAUAGAAACAGCAUAUCCGAUUGAAGAUAUAUACAUAGAGUAAGCUGUAAGCUAUUCGUAUCGACUGGUUCAUAAAAUGGAUGCGCUGUGCUUCUAUUGCAUAGAGAUUGCUUAGUGCUGGUUUGUGGUUUACGCUUAUUUUCACAUACACACGUUAACACAAAUAAAAAAAUUAAAAAUGUUGUCUUCAACAAGUGUGAAGUGAGUACUCUUAACGGGUGAUAUGUACUCUCACGCUCGUGUUUAUUUAAAGAAAAUAAUUAAAUUACUAUAUAAAAAAUUAAGUGAAACAAAAAAUACAUAUAUCAAGUUUCAAAUUAUUCCAAAUUAAUUGAGCAACAACAACUACUUAAGAAAAUAAUUAGUAAUAGUCGUUUAGUUGUCAUAGUCAGAAGUAUUCGUGAAUACACUAUUCGCCCGUUCUAUUGAUCCAAAUAGUUUUUAAGAUUUGCAGUGGCAGAAGUAGGCCUAUUCGAAAAUUUCAAGUGGAAGCAUUGAUGAUUAACUUGGCUUUCGAAAUUUCCAGUACAAGAAUAUAAUAAGGCAUAUAGACGAAAUAUUUACAUCAGGUAAUUUAAUUAUUUUUUAUGAGAUUAUUAUUCAUAUUUUAAUGGGCCUGCAGAUAAGAAGGAGCAGGGUUUUUAAUUUUUCUAAUCUUCUAAUUUUUGUGAAAUUUGUGUCAAAAUGGCAAAUCGAUUGGAGCAAAAUUGACGAAGUCAUGAGUAUUUUCAUACCUGACCUUCGAACGUUUGUCAUCUGAUUUCAAAACUUUGGAGCGUUUUCUCCCCAACUCACGUGAUCAAAAUGGUACUCUUCAUAAAUUGUUCUGGAGAGUUAUUUUCAA